CCUCGAUCUUGCAUCUUCGCUGCCUCAGAGUACCGUUCCUCUUAUUCUAUUUAACAGGGGCCUGAAUCGCUGGUCGACCUAAACCCAAACCUAACCUCCUGCUUUACUUUUGUACACAGUACGCCGUCUCAUCGACACCCAACGAGACGAUCACCGACACCGGGUCCAGGAGUCGUCGGGGGGCUUGCUUAUUCGCCUGCUCGCCCUUGUUUCGCCUGUGCGCGCUUUCUGGCAGUCCUUUGCGUCAUACUCGCCCCGAGCCCGCCAACCGGGAUUUCCAAGCCGUUCGCCUUCGAUCCCCUUCCAUCUUGCCAAUCACUUCUGUCUAUCAUCGCCCUUCGUCAUGUUCUCCACUAGUCGUCGAAGAAUACUCGAUGGACUCAAUCGGAGGUACAUCUACGGCCGUCUGCCAUUGCUUCACGCCAUAAUCUUUCUCAUCGAAAUGGCGGCUGCAAUGCGACUUGCCGCUAAGUUCAACUCUUACUAUGCCGAGAAACCAAUCUUAACCACCAUGGUUACCAAUGCGAUACUUGGUGGGAUCGCAGAUACGGUCGCACAGUUAAUCACGGCUUUCAAGGCUCGUGGAGGACGCAGACCCUCUGACAGUAACGAUCUUAUUUCAAUUGAGAUCCAUGGCCUCGAUAAAGAGAAGCCGCCUGCUCUUGGAGAGCUGGGACAUGCUAGACAUAUGCCGCCGCCCUUUGACUUCGAGCGCCUGACUCGCUUUAUGUCGUACGGUUUCUUCAUGGCCCCAGUUCAGUUCCAUUGGUUCGGUUUCUUGUCCAGGGCGUUCCCCCUUACCAAGAGGAACCCGUCGAUUCCCGCGCUGAAGAGAGUGUGCGUGGAUCAGCUGAUGUUCGCUCCUUUUGGUAUGAAAUGUCUCCGAAGGAAGAAGAAAGCUCUUUUCUCUUAGCUAAUAAUAUUACCAGGUCUGGCGUGCUUCUUCUCCUUCAUGACGGUUGCAGAGGGAGGAGGAAGGAGAGCCUUGACGCGCAAGUUCCAGGACGUCUAUCUGCCAACCCUCAAGGCCAACUUUGUCCUUUGGCCCGCUGUUCAGAUUCUGAACUU